GCUUUCAUUGAUGUAAACCAAAUUCUAAUACAUUGAACAAUUCUGAAACACGACUAAGGGGUUGUAUCUAAUAUUAUGCAAAAGAAUAUAUAACCAUAACCACUUUAAGUUACAAACAAUAUAUAACGAAGCGAUGGCUUCUCUCUAUUCUUGUUUUGUUGUCGGUUCUCUGGCAGUUUUGUUACAGUUUCUCUUUGUCUCUGCUUCAACAAAAUCCAUCAACGCCAUAUGCCAAAGUGUCACUGACAAAGCCUUCUGCGUCAAUACUUUGACUGCGUAUCCUCCGGCCGCUUCUGCCACCAGCACGUUCCAAGCGGCUGAGGCGGCGCUCAGCCUUAGCAUAUCCUACGCCGGGAAAUCAGCAAGUUUCGCCGCAAAUGCGGCAAACCAGAAUCCAAACAUGAAGAAGCAGUUCGCUGCGUGUAAGGAUGCAUAUGCGACAAUUAUAGCAUCUAUCAAGAGUGCUGCCGCAGAACUCAAGGAAUCUCCAGAUACGGCUAACUAUGAUGUCAUGGUUUGUAGGGACAGCUCGACGAUCGUGAAGAAUUUGAUCAGGAAAAAUGUAGACAAGGAUUCGAAGAUGCUUAUAAAGAUGACAAUGAUGAUGGAGAGGCUUCUUGCUAUUGCUGUUGGAGCCACCGUUGCUGUUGGUGGAUAAAGACAAGGACGAGGAGAUUAUUUAAUACUAAGAAAUACAGUACAUUCUUUUGGUUUGGUUUGGUUUGGUUUGAGAGGAUCAAUACAUUUCUCUUUUCUCGUUGGAACAUGAACAUUAUGUUCAAACAACUAUUUCAAUGGGAAUAUGUCAAACAACUUUUGUUUUGUGCCAGAAAAUAUGUACACUUUUAACCUGGAUCGCAAACCAAUGGCUUCGAUCUCACUUUUUAGAUAAAUAGUAAAAUCGAUUGUUUAUCUG